AACAAUCAUUUCGUGUCGUCUGAUUGUAGUGAUGCCGCUUAGGUAACAAUACUCAAGGAAGCGGUAGGUGGUACUGUGAUGCAGCCUAUACCUGAAGGGAGUGAAUGAAUGGGUUUUUUUACGGUAAGGACGGGUUUUUAAUAUACCACUGAAUACGGGGACAGAGGAAAUUGAUCCUGCAGCAUGCAGCCUUACCUCGUCAAUGGCUCGAACAUAAACGGCAACAUGGAGCCUGACAGUCUGAACCAGUCCACUGAAUUCUGUGGCAAAUUGGGGAAUGCACAGGGGUACUGUUACAUUGUCCUUGGCCUCUGCGCUGUGGCUCUGCCCUUGGGAAUUCUGGGAAACAUCAUCGCUUUGGUGAACUACACCUGUUUCAGAAAAACAUGGACAACCAGCAACAUAUUCCUGCUGAACCUGGCCCUGUGUGACCUCGCAUGGAUACUGACCUUGCCUUUCACUAUCUAUUUUAACCUCCAGAGGUCUCACCUUGGGGGUAUCCAGAUCUUCUGUAAGUUUAAGAAGAUAUCCUUCAACGUAAACACAUACGGCAGCAUAAUGUUCCUGACAUUUGUCAGUUUUGACCGCUAUGCCGGCACCGUACACCCCAUCAGGUCCCUAAUGUGGUGGGACGUGGGUAAAGCCAAAGUGUGCUGUGUUUGCACGUGGACACUCUUGCUCAUCGGCAGUGUCCCAGACCUGUUCUUCACCUUCGCUGUCAAAGGAAACGUGCUCGUCUGCGUGGACCAGACCGAAAUCCCUUUCAGCUAUAUCAAGACCUUCUCCAUUGUACGUGCCGCCAUUGGAUUCGUCCUGCCUUUUGGCAUGAUGUUGACCUUUUAUGUCAUGACAGUCAAGGUUUUGCGCCGCCUGCCUAGAAGUACAAGGGUUCGCCAGAGGUUUGGCAAGCCGCUCUUGUUGCUGUCGGCCGCCAUCUUGGUGUUCGUGGUCUCCUUCGGCCCCUAUCACGUGAUGGCGCUGACAGUGGUGCUCGUGGGGGUUCAGAAGCAGGUGACCAACCGUUCCACACUCUAUAUCUGCUACGAGUUCUCCAAAGUAGUGUGUGCCAUCAGCAGCUGCCUGGACCCCAUCCUCUACAUUCUGGCUGGCGGAAGCUUCCACAAAAGCUGGCUAGCUCUAACCAGACAACGCUGCAUGCACGGGGGGUGCAUGCAGGGCUGCUGCCGGUGUAGGUGUCACAUGCGGCAGCAGCCAGUCGGCUUGGUUGGCGGAGAGGCCUGUCUGCCCACGUGCAUGCCAGUGCCAGAUUGCCCUAGAGUGGCAUGGCCCUCACCAGACACCCCUGGAAAUGCCAGUCACAGCUGGACCAGGCAUGCUAGUGUAAAAGAAGGGUAGAUGCUCCAGCAACAGGAUCCACAAGAGCUACCAAGGUCCUGAGG